AUGUCAGAAACGCCGGUGGAACCAACUCAAAGUGGAACUACAUCUGAUUGCGGCUUAUUCUAUGAUGUCGUGUCCGGAGACACCACGGCACGUGUGGUCCCUCGAACGGAAAUUCCGUUUGCCCAGGAGAUGACAGGUGCUGCUAUAUCUAUGGGUAUUGCGGAAGCGGAGAAGAUUAUUGUGGUCCUGGCGAUUGCUAUGCAGGAAACUGUGAUGGUGCCAAUGGUGGGCUCAGCCUAA